CUCUAUCGUUUUGCCGUGGCAAACAUAUGCACUCAUCGGCACUAACGUCCUCAUAGAAUCUGUUGGAUUAAGGUCACCUCAUGCUCAGUCCCAAUCUAAUAGCAACCCAGUUGCUAAACAAGCUCAAUUACAUUCACAAAAUGUUGAUUAAUGGUUGGCUGUUACGAAGCAUUCGGGGUAGCUAAAGACGCAAAUGGCUGAGUAGCCUUUGGCUAGUUAAACAGACGAUCAAUGGAGGAGGGUCGUGGAUCAGGUGCAUGGGAUCUUGUCUCAAAGGGAGAGUCUCCCUCAUGCUCGCAACCCGCCACGGCUCAUUAUUGAAGGGUAACUAGUUUGUGAAAGACCGUCCACUGGUGGUUGAAAUAUUCGCCUCCGACGCAGCUUCCUGUUGCACGAUGUGCGUCGAAGUGCAGUACUGUGGAUCGGCAGCUUCGGUAAUUGAGGAUUAGACCAACCUUUGUAAUUGCGGCUUUGAAGGUGGGUGCGCCUAUGAUCGGGUGAAAAGCGAGGACUGGUUGUCGUCCACCACUCCGGCCUCAAAUACUCGCUCCUGCGGUGCUGGAUAGAGCGUUCAGUUCAGUGUCCUGGGGGGUUAAUUGAGCUGGAUCUGCAAGAGGGCUUGCUGGAGAGAGAGAGAGAGAGAGAGAGAGAGAGGGUGUGAGUUUGUGCGGAGCUGAGGUCUUGCAGCAGUUAUGCCUGGGUUCAUGACGCAGAGGCCUACGGGCCAGGUUGGGAAGCGGGUGACUAUACUGAGCGUGGAUGGAGGGGGAGUGCGGGGACUUAUCCCGGCCACCAUCCUGGCCGAGCUUGAGGGCAAGCUUCAGAGAUUGGAUGGGCCAGAAGCGCGCCUGGCCGACUACUUCGACAUCAUAGCUGGAACCAGCACUGGUGGACUCAUUACCUCCAUGAUUUCGUCCCCAAGCGCCGAGGGCUCAAACCGACCUUUGUUCACAGCCCGAGAAGUCGUGCAGUUCUACCAAAAGCACGCAAACAAGAUCUUCCCUCAGGGCAAAGGCCCGUUUGGGCAGACACGGAGGCACUUCAUGGCCUUGAACGGGCCCAAGUAUAAACCACGAGGAUUGCAGCGCUUAUUAGACCAGUAUUUUGAGAGCGAUCCUCUUCUUGACCGAGCGCUGACGUCCAUCAUUAUCCCGGCCUUCGAUACGAAACUGCAACAACCGAUCUUCUUCUCGUCCUGGCAGGCGCAAAGAGAUCCUCUUGAGAAUCCUCCCAUUAAAGCUGUUUGCCGAGCUUCGUCUGCAUCGCCGACAUACUUCCCACCAAUCCAUUUCACUCUGACUGAUACCUCCAGGGAGCCCAACGAAACACGAGAGUUCAACUUGAUAGAUGGCGGUGUUGUUGUGAACAAUCCGACAUAUGUCGCGAUUACGCAAGCAAUCAAGGAAUCGCAAGCCGGCGGGGCUCUGGCAGAAAGAGUGGAUAAUUCGAGCUACAACGAUAUCCUGGUCCUCUCGCUUGGUACAGGACAACAUACAAUGGGCUACGACGCAAGGGAUGUGGCAAAGUGGGGAAUUGUAGACUGGUUGGCAAACAAAGGCGAGGCACCUUUGGUUGAUAUGGUGUUCAAUGCCAGUGCAGAUAUGGUGGACUACAACCUCUCAAUCAUGUUUCAGUCACAACAAUGCGCAUCCAAUUACCUUCGAAUUCAGACAGACAACUUGAACGGGCCUCUUGCAUCUGUGGACGAUUCAUCGGAAUCCAAUCUGUGGAAGCUAAUGGCUACGGCGAAGCACCUUCUGGAUGAGCCAGUAACUGUGCGGAACUUCCAAACUGGGAAACUCCACUCCAUUCCUUGUGGUGGGACUAACCGGGAAGCUCUUUACAGGUUUGCAGAGUGGCUAUCAGAAGAGCGGAAGACCCGCCUGGCUACAGAGCCUCCACCAGCCCCAGUGGAGCUGGCCCCACCCCCUGUUGUCGUUGAGACUCCCUCUCCUCCUCCAGAAGCAGCUGAUUCCCCACCUGCAGAGGAGAAGCCCGCGGAACAGCCAGCCGAACAGCCAGCCGCUCCAGAGCCGGAAGAGGCAGCUCCACCAGCUGCAUCAGCAGCCCCUGAAGCCAAAUCAGACGCACUCGGUGAGGAUGCCCAUGUAGUGGUAAAGGAGGAGAAAGCAAGCGCCUAUGUCACGUUUCCCUACGUCCCAAGGGCUGCUUACUUCGACGAUCCUUUCAACACCCGGAGGGUAGAUUCUUCCUACGUUCCAUUCAGUGACCCAGCUUACAGAGCUUCACAUUCCUCACCGAAUUCUUCCGACUACUCCAACUCUUCGUACAAUUCAUCCCACAAUUCCUCAUACAAUCCCACGUCUCGCAACCCCUACAGCUCCUCAUCCUACGAGACUUCCAACCGUGUGUCCACAUACAUGCCAUCCCCGUUCGAGGAUGCGUAUCGGACACCGGCAUACAGUCAAAGCUCGUACGAGCCCUCGUUCUCUACCUCUUAUCCUGAGCAGAAAUACCAAAUAUCCUACUCUUCGUAUUCCAGACCUUCCUAUGAGUCUUCCCAGGAUGAUCAAUCCAACAACGGCUCCUCGUAUGGCUCCUACUCAUGCGAUUCUACUCAUGACAGCUAUUCUUACACACCAUCCUAUGCUCCUGAUACCUCAGUGACAGCCUCCGCAUACGAGAGACCGAGCUAUGAGUCGACGUCCACCUCUUAUGCUGCUACUCCGGAGCCGACUCAGUAUGCUUCGUAUGGAGAUGCACACUCUUCCUCGUCCUACUCCUCGACGUCUUACCGAGACACCGAGAGAUUCGGAGCAGGAUCAAGUGCACCAAGGGGUUAUCAAGACCUCUUCGGCUUCUUCGCUUGAAACUUGGACGUUACUCACCGCGAUUAUCACGAUCCUAUGACGGACUUCAUGUGGUAUUAGGUAAUAGUAGGAUAAAGUGGAUUAGUUAUAGUCUGUGAACAUGGGCUUUCUGAAUCACACAACACAUGCUGUGCACUAACUUGUGUACCAGGGAUUAACACUACCAUAUGUAUUGCGAGAUCUAGGUUGCAAGGUCGCCGUAUAAUUUUGCCAGCCAUAGCCGUAGACCAAGUCUAUUGCCAACUUGGACUUGUGUGUUCUUAUCCUUGAGCAGCAAGCGUCGCUUGAGAUGAGGGGUGAUGGAAUCUGGAGUAGAGGUGGGGUCAGCAAUUUGGCCUGCCCUGCCACACCACCCAUGAUGACAACAUCUGUAAAUAAAAGCACGGUCUUGAAAUUUUAGACUUGUGUUGGUGUGUUUCGAUUUGA